AUGAAAGAACUGCUAUUCCCAGAAGAGAGUUCUGGUAAUGCAACGAAUUCUGAUCUAUUCGGCUCCAAUAAACUACCGACACCGGUAACAAACUCGCUUGGUGGAAACCUACACCAGCUAAAUAAUGACCAGAUUAAUAAAUUGAUCAAUUUGAAGUUUAAUGGCCAGCCCGUGUCUUUAAUUAGACAACUAUCAUAUGACUUAGCAUUGAAGGAGCUGGAAUUAAUAUUACUCCGAAAGGAAAAAUUUCAACGAGAACAGGAAUUGCUAAAGAUGUGUAAUGAAUAUGGAAAUUUGAGUAGUUUAGAAAUAGAUCAGAAAUUAAAUUCACUUAAGGUGGAUGAAAGUGUUGAUAACGUACUACUGGGUCUUAUUGAGCAUGCAAUAAAUGAAGAUUUGAAGAAUGAGGCACCACCCAAUACCUGUCAUAGUGAAAUACUUGAAGAAGAGAGUGUAACUAAAAGUGAACCUUUUUCUAGGAGACCAUCCAGAGCAGGUGGAUGGAUAAGUGAUUGGUUCAAGGAGCCGUACAAGAGGAGCUCCUUUUCAAGCUUAGGGUUGGAUAAAGAGACUGUUAAGACGAGAGAUUCCAAAUUCAGCUAUUCUUAUUUGGGAUCAUCCCUGUCAUCUCUUCCAGCUACUGAAAAUACGUCUGAUACAAAAAUACCUGUAGAAUUGGAUACAAUAAAUAAAUCUACUCCAGUAAAUACUCCAGAAUUUUCUGCUAAUGCCGGUAUUGAUAAAUAUGGCUUUUUCAAUGACAUGACUGAAUUUUCCGAUAAAAAUGAAUUGGAAAUUCCUAUGAACAAGAAACAAGAAGAGUUAGUAGAUGAUGUAAUUGUGAAUGAUAAACCAAAGCUUAGCAUAACUGAAACAAAUUCCUUAGACGUCAACGGGACGACCAAUGUUAGACUGAUCAUCCCAAGUAUAGAUAAAUUAAAAAAAAUCGGACAGUUGCAUGAUGCAAAGAACAGGCAAUUUGAAUUUAAAUGGGACCAAUUUAUAAAGGAUCUGAUUAAGGAUUAUCACAAAUAUACAAACAAUAAUGUACAACCACAGGACAUUAAUUACCAUUCAGCUCUCUCGGAGUAUGAAAUCUUUGGUGCACAGGGAUUAAAUCUCAUUAAGCUUGACAAAUCACAAUCGAAAUUUGGAUCAAAUUCCAACGCUCCUCAUGAAGUAGGAAGCAUUAAGACACUCCGCAAAUUAGUAAGUGAGAAUGGUAUUCCACUAAAAUAUAGACAUGAUCUCUGGCUCGAAUUAUCUGGUGCUAAGAAUCUUCGGGUACCAGGGGAGAUGCAAAACCUCAUCAAGGGAGCCAAAACCACAACAAAUGAAGUAGAAAAAUCUAACAUCCACCAGAUUGAUCUUGAUUUGCAUAGGACUUUACCGUCAAAUAUCUAUUUCAACGAUUUAGUAAACAGCCAGCCAGGCCCAAACUUUUAUAAGUUGCAAAAUGUUCUCUACGCAUUCGUGUUCUACAAUUCCGAUAUUGGAUACAGCCAGGGUAUGAAUAAGAUUGUUGGAAACCUCUUGCUUGGAGAUAGUAAAUUGUCAGAAGAAGACAUUUUCUGGAUAUUUACGGCUUUUGUGGAGGACAUAUUACCUAAAUACAACGGAUAUAACUUCUUCAGUAUACAUUCGCUUCCCGUUAUUCGUGUGGACCAAAAAAUCAUGCACAUCCACUAUUUCCCUCGUCUUUUGCCAAAGUUGAAUGGCCAUUUCUCCACAUUGAAUCUCCAAAUCGAAUAUAUCACCUUGAAUUGGUGGCUCCUGUUGUUCACGGAUGGGUUACCAUUGGAAAUCUGGUUCAAACUAUUCGACAAUUUCUUGGUGUCCAACGUUGAAACUGCCCUCAUCACCAUCUCACUCUCCUUGUUCAAGAUAUUCGAGGAUUGUUUACUUGAAUCCCAGUCAUGUAACGACAUUUACCAUAUCAUGAAGAACCUUUCUACAUCUAGGCUGUCCAAAAUCAAAAUCAAGUACCACGACCUUGUGGCUGUUAACACUACAUUCGAGAAAAAAGUAUCCAAGGAGGAUCUUCACACUCUCCGCAAACUAUAUAAAGACUAA